AUGAGUGUCAAACGACAUAACCGUACAGGUUCCACCGAGACCCGCAGGCCUCUUCAGGUUUUUGGAGGCUGCAUCACGGACCAUGACGAUUACGGGUACAGAACCAGAAUGCUUGCACACGAAAUCUCACAGCCUGUGAUGCAGCCGUCGACCCUGAAGGAAGGCGUUGCGCGUCGUCGUCGUCAGCAGCAGAAUAUUUUUCUUUCCGGAUGGAGUCCGAAAAUAGUCGCAGGCAUCGGAGGUAGAGAGCGGCAGAAGUGGACCGCCGCACAGAACACUGCAGAUGCAGAAAUGAGCACACGCGACGCAUUGAUCGCGUCACGUGAAACGGCGUCCCUGGAAUACGAUAAGCUCCGCCCACCUCCGCUACGAGACCCUUUCUGCUGCUCUCUGAGUCCCUACCACAUCCCUGGUCGUCUGUCGGCGCGAUUUCAAAUUUUGUCCGUUUGA